AUGGCAACCACUCAGGCGAGUGUGAGGGUUACCGGGCCUCCUAAUAGCAGCUUUCUCGUGGGGUAUCCGGGAAUUUCUGCGACCUUGCCCCGCGUCGAAGGCAAGGUCGAAAUCCGCCCUGCCCAGGGCUUCUCCAUGCCCGUCCCGAUUUCCCUCGUCCGAAUAUCAUUAUUGCGCCGCGAAACCAUACACCCCGAUGCCGAUAAUCUUGCCAAGCGACAUUUAGGCACGGCCCGAAAGGAGAUUACCGACGUGGUCGGCAAAGAGGUGCUCCUUUUUCGCUGCUCCUCGGGCAAAGAGGCGGAGAGCGUCGUGGCCAUGGAUCUUCCAUUUGUGCUCUUCAUCCCUUUUGGCAAAGGUGGCGAGGAAGUAAACCGCCGAAUACCGCCCGCGUCGCUACAGCUCCCAAAUAGGACAGCCGAGACUUAUUACGAAAUCACCGUUACUGUGCAGCAGGGCUACAGCCAUCAGUACAAAUAUACAUUACCCAUGCCAUUACAACGUUACGACACUCUCUCUACAUUUGGCAUGUACAACAUGCCCGAAUCGAAACUCGUCAGCUCGAGUGACCUCGUGCAUAUGGGCAUGACCUUACCGAAAGGGAGCUACGGGCCGGGCGACCCCAUUACCGUCUAUAUAAAAUUGUCCCCCAACCUGGACUGGGCGGCCAAGGCCAAAAAGGUCACCAUUGAUAAAAUCACAUUGACGGUGGAGGAAGAAAUUACAUUUAAUCCCGAAGGAGACGAACCAACAAGGAAGAUCAAAGCAGUGGCCAAGCAGACCCAGACCGUCAAGACAAGGAUGCCCGAGGCCGGCUACGCCACCAACAUCGGCCUGUGCUUCCCGUGCAAUAACUUGCGUGACGCCGACGGGUUCAUCAAGAGAGGAAAGCCGGCCUUUCCCUUGUAUGAGGUUUCCACUUUUACAACACAAUCAUCACUCUACAAGAUUGAGUUUUUCCUCCAUAUCAAGGUACAAUUAAGCGGCGCACGCGAUAUUAUGAUUCGACAACCCAUUGUCAUAUGCCCUCUGGAUCAGCAAGCCUGCAAAGAGGAAAUGGACGCGAUUGAGCAGGCGGCCAAGGAUGCUUCCCACGUCAACCCCAACAACCCCAUGCUACCGGCAGGCACCAUUAUUCUUGCCAGCGAUCGUGACUCGAUUCGGGCUCUCGGUCUAUGCACCGUCGGCGGACAGAACAAGCCCUUUAUCGAAUAG